AUGAGUGAGGAGUACCAGUACCAGGACACGGAGUACCACUCCGAGAGCAUCUCGAUAUCCGAGCUGAAAAAUGGGGGAAUUCUGGCUGUGGACAUAGCAAAGCUGAUAGAAGCUGGGUUUACAACGGUCGAAUCGCUAGCAUUUGCUCCGAAGAGACAGCUUCUCUCGAUAAAGGGAUUUUCCGACAUCAAGGUGGAUAAGCUCAUCAAGGAAGCAGCAAAGCUAGUUCCGAUGGGAUUUACAACGGCGUCUGCAUACCACCAAAGAAGGUCGGAGCUUGUCUACCUCACUACUGGGUCUUCCGAGGUUGACAAGCUGCUGAGCGGCGGGUUCGAGUCUGGGAGCAUAACAGAGAUAUUCGGGGAAUUCCGCACCGGAAAGACACAGCUGUGCCAUACGGUUGCAGUGACGUGCCAGCUCCCUCCAGAGCAGGGUGGCGGAGGAGGAAAAGCCAUGUACAUAGACACGGAGGGAACGUUCAGGUCUGAGAGGCUGGUUCCAAUAGCAGAGCGAUUUGGGCUGGAUCCAAACGAAGUCAUGGACAAUAUAUCGUAUGCCCGUGCCUACAACUCCGACCACCAGUCCCAGCUCCUGAUCAAGGCAUCUGCAAUGAUGUCUGAGUCAAAGUACUCUGUCCUUAUAAUUGACUCCGCAACUGCACUCUACAGAACAGACUUCAGUGGAAGGGGAGAGCUUGGAGCCAGGCAGCUGCAUCUGGCAAAGUAUCUCCGCAGCCUUGUCAAUCUUGCCGAGACGUUCCGCAUUGCUGUCAUCAUCACCAACCAGGUGGUUUCAAAUGUAGACGGAGCAGUUGGCAUGUUCACAGGAGAUAUCAAGAAGCCAAUAGGAGGAAACAUCAUGGCACAUGCAAGCACAACAAGGCUGUAUCUGCGUAAGGGAAGGGGGGAGACAAGGAUAUGCAAGAUAUACGACUCUCCAUGCCUUCCCGAAUCCGAAGCUGUUUUUGCAAUCACUGAGCAGGGCAUCAAUGAUCCUGACGAAUGA